AUGGAGAAAAACUCCGCCAAACUUGCCGCCAACUUCGAGGACUCCCGAAACCAACGUGGUCUUUACUUUCCGCGGCGUGCGCAUCGUACGACAACGGUAUGCUCCCAGAAGCCGCCACGAUUUCGCGGUAAAGGCGAAGACGAAUGUUUGCAGAGUCGAGUUAAGAUGGACAGACCAAAGACGGGUCGCAGCGCCAGAUGGGGCGCGGCCUGCGCUCCGUGUGCGGCAGCAAAGACACGCUGCAUUCGCACCCAGUCUUCGGGGCCACAACAAUGUGAUCGAUGCCGAAGUUUGGAGAAAGACUGCGUGGGUCAAACUUCUGGUCCAAGGAAGAAGAGACAGGCCAAGCCCUCUGUCAGUUUUGACACGAGAAUGGCUCUGCCGGAAGAGGGACUCAAUAAUUUGAUUUACUCAUCGAAGACGCCGGGAGGGGAAAGCUCAACUGUACAUGGCAGUUCAUCCAAUGGUAGUCUGGAUUACCUCGCAAACAACCAUUCGGCAUCAUCGGUUAGCACCAAACCCCAAGCUCAAGACACUCUAAGCCGGGAUGAAACUGCUCUGAACACCCCAGCGCAUGACUUCACCUCUAGCGCACCCACGGGUCUAACAUGCACCUGCAUGGCAACAGUAGACAUGGAAGAUCUUGUCCCCGUGGAGUCUGACGAGACUUUGUUGUCCAUCUACAGGAAUCAGUUGUCUAGUCCGUUGCCCUUUGUCAUCAUUCCAGCUGGCACAACGCCAAGACAACUGCAGGCAACUCGUCCAUUUCUCAUGAAGGUAAUCAGAAUGGUAGCUUCCGUCCGCCAUCUUCGAUUGGUGAGGGGACAAAGCCGCGCCGUUAUGGAACAUAUCUCUAAUGCCAUACUCAUGAGAUCUGAGCGCUCGUUGGAUCUCCUCCAAGGCAUUCUGGUUUUCCUAGGAUCCUACCACUACCAUUGCAUGGCUCAUGCGCAGUUCAACAAUCUGAUCCGCCUAGCAGUCAGCUUGGUAGAAGAUAUAGAUUUGAGUACAUGCCCCAAGUCUCAACAGAGGAAGAGUCAGCUGCCUUUGGUACGUGCCGAGGAGCCCGUAUCCAGAACGAACGAAGAGAAGAGGGCGCUACUUGGCGUCUGGUAUAUGAGCUCAAACGCUGGCCUUGUCGUGAAACAGUUAGCAUUCACAAGAUAUACCAAAUAUAUGGACCAAUGCCUCAAAGAUCUUGACGAUGCUAGAGAAUACAAGACAGACCAACUUGCCAUACAGUUGGUCCACAUCCAGCAACUCACCGAGAAAAUCUUCCACUUCCACAGUAGUGAUUCACCGGUGGACGAACAGCUAGGUUCGCCCGAACCUUCAACGAUGGCGCGUCUAGAGGCAUUCCGAGUUGAGCUAGACAGCCUCCGGAACGCACUACCCCCGAAUCUUAAAUCCGAUUGUAUGAUUCCCCAAAUGUUUGAAAAUGUCGCCGCUGGUGCUUCGCUAACCCAGUCUGAGAGCCCAGACUUUCUAUCUUGCUAUCACAAUAGUGCUUACCUCCGGAUCUUUGAGCCUCUACUGGCAGGUUCACACCUACCAGAUGCCGAAUCUCAAUCCUUCGCCUCGCUCUCGCUUUCAGGCGUGCCGAUAUCCGAUGUCUUCUCACAUUUCACUGCCGCACUCAAGGCCUGGCUCGAGAAUUGGCUUGCCAUCCCGGUCUGCUCCUACUUCUACAUGCCUCAGCCCGCCUACGUCCAAUUGGUCCAUGGCGCCAUGAUGCUCUCUCGAUGGGUAAGAGUAGCCGGGCCCAGCGCGGUCAAGCUUUCCAGUGCCGGCACGGCCGUGUCGCAGAAAGAAUUCACGGUUCGCUGGCAACCAACGCCUGCUCUCAGCGGCGUGCCUUCAUGUCCAGAUCUGAGCUUGCCGAGGCCUCCAGCCUCACUAUCCACCCAAGUCGUGUCCGCCCAGAUACUCAACACGCUCAGGGCCAAGGUCACAGCGCAACCCAAUCUUCAGGUUGAUAUCCUCGGCAUCUUAGACACCAUGGGAGCUCGUUUUGAGGCCGCAAAGAUGGAGAUGGCCGCGGCGCAGGGGGUGGAUUGGGAGAAUGAUACAUGGGACUUUGCUGCAGAACAUUUGAAGAUGAAGAAGGCUAGGGUCGAGAAAUGGUGUGAGAUGGUCGCCAUGGCGGCAGGCGAGGGGAGGAGCCCGCUAACCGAUGCCCAUGACAGCGUUUACGAAGGGAGCAGAGAGGCCAUAAAUAUGUUGGCAGGGCGGAGCGUCGACGGUUUCGGAUGGGUAACAUCAGGCUAUGAUUGGGACAACAUGCAGUGGGAGAGUGCUAUGUUUGAUGAGAUCUUGCAGGACAUUCAUACCGGAGCUAUCUUCAAGCCCGUCGAUUGGAACACAGACAUGCUGGUCGAUUUGUGA